AUGAUCAUAUCUCAUAUCUUUGAACUUCAUACAUACACUCACACUCGAGUUCCCAUCAGUUUUGGAAGCAGUGCAACAAGGAAAUGUCUCGAUAAGUUUCAUUUAGAAUCACUUGAAACACUUGGAGACGCUUUUCUCAAAUAUGCUGUCAGUAAACUGCUGUUCAAGACUUACGAAAAUCAUCAUGAGGGUCUUCUCUGCGUUAAAAAGAGUAAAAUCAUUUUCAAUACUGCACUGUGCAAGCUUGGAUGUGCUCAUAAAAUACCGGGAUUUAUCCGUAAUGAACCAUUCAAUCUUCAAGCGUGGAUCAUUCCUGGUGAUAGUUCUCAAGUUCACAGUUUCAACGAAGAGUUCAUGACGUCUUCAGAUAAAAUGUAUAGUAAGAUAAAACAGAAGAUUAGAAGUAAGAGAGUAGCUGAUGUGGUUGAGGCACUAAUAGGUGCCUACCUCAGCUCAGGCGGGGAAGUAGCCGCUUUAUCAUUAAUGAAAUGGCUAGGGAUGGACAUCGAUUUUGUUGAUGCACCGAUUCAAAGGCACUUCCCCUUGAAUGCUGAGAAACUAGUCAAUAUCCGGUACUUUGAAUCUCUGCUACAUUACAAGUUCCAUGAUCCUUCUCUGCUUGUUGAAGCACUUACUCACGAAUCUUACAUGCUACCUGAGAUUCCACGAUGCUAUCAGAGGUUAGAAUUUCUCGGAGAUGCAGUGCUAGAUUAUGUUGUUACAGCACAUCUUUAUUUCAAAUAUCUGGGACAGAUUUGAGGUCUGCCUCGGUAA